AUGGUUGAGGUAUCUACUGAAAGUAUAUUUAUUGGUGCCAAUCAACAAAAUCAAGUAAGUGAUUUUAGUAAAAAAAGAAAACUGGUUGCAUAUGGUGCAGGUAAGACUGUUGCAUUAUGGAACCCAUUAGAUCCAAAUAAUAGAGGUGUUCUCUCUACUUUAAAAGGGCAUAAAUCAGACGUGACUUGUGUUAAGUUUAUGCAUGGAACCGAUCUGUUGGUUACUGCAUCAGAGGAUUUCUGUGUUAAGAUUUGGCGAUUUCAAGAUAAUAAUGUUUCUAAUGUAGAUCUGGAAUGUAUUCAAACAAUUGAUCAUUAUAAUCAUACUAUCGUUACUUUGACAGUUUUACCUAGUGUUAUUGCAAUAGGUUGUGCUAACGGUCUUGUUUCCAUUUGGAUUCAAGACUCAACAAAUGGAGGAGUUUUUGUGUUGGGUAAGGAAUUUCCUAUUGAGAAGAAUGUCUUACCAUUAUCAUUAUCACUUUCAAAUGUGCUAGAUAAUAAAUAUAUGUUAGCUGUUGGUGGCACUGCUGUCCAUGUGUUUAUUUUCACAUUUAUUGUUAAUUCAGAGAUGCACACUGUUGAUAAUCAUAAAUUAGCUGCAAGAUUAGAAGGUCAUGAGGAUUGGGUAAAGUCACUUUCUUUUCGUUAUCAAGAAACUCCAGGAGAUUACCUUUUGUGUUCUGGAGCCCAAGAUCGUUACAUAAGAUUAUGGAGAAUCAAGAUUAAUGAUCUAAUUGAAUAUGUGGAAGACAAUAUGAACAAUUUAACCCUAUUAAAUAAUAAACAAUACAUUUUUGAUAUUGAUAUAGAUUUGAAAGUUUGUAUUACUUUUGAAGCUUUGAUUAUGGGGCACGAUGAUUGGAUAUCUUCUUUACAAUGGCAUGAAACUCGUUUGCAAUUGUUAACUUCAACAGCAGACACAGCAUUGAUGGUCUGGGAGCCAGAUGAGGUAUCUGGUAUCUGGGUUUGUAAUUUAAGGCUAGGUGAAUUGUCGUCUAAGGGUGCCUCUACUGCUACUGGUUCUUCUGGUGGGUUUUGGUCAUGUCUUUGGUUUACUGAUAAUGAACAAGAUUAUAUAUUGACUAAUGGGAGAACUGGUUCUUGGAGAUUAUGGGCAUCCAAAGACAAUUUGAUUACCGAACAAAAACUGGCUAUUACAGGUACUACUAAGGAAGUAACUGACGUUUGUUGGUCACCAGAUGGGAAAUAUUUGUUGUCCACCUCGUUAGAUCAGACUACAAGGCUAUAUGCUCCAUGGUCAUUUAAUGCAAAUGGGUCUAAAAGAGCGGUGCGCACCUGGCAUGAAUUUUCCAGACCACAAAUUCACGGAUAUGAUAUGAUAUGUGUUGAAGCGUUAGACAAAUCUAGAUUUGUUAGUGGUGGUGAUGAAAAGAUUUUGAGAUCAUUUGAUGAACCAAAGGGUGUUGCUGAAAUUUUGCAAAAAUUUGUUGAUCAUUCUAUUGAAGCUACUGAACAAAUGCCAGAAUCAGCUUCUGUUCCAGUUUUGGGGCUAUCUAAUAAAGCUACUGAAGAUGUCAAUGAGGAAAACGAUGUCAAUGAAAUCGAAACAAACGAUAAUAAAAAUAUAUCUUAUGAUUUGGUGCAAUCAUUAGAAAGUCCACCUAUGGAAGAUAUAUUACAGAGACAUCUAUUAUGGCCAGAAUCUGAAAAAUUGUACGGUCAUGGUUAUGAGAUAACAUGUUUAGAUAUAUCACCAGACGGACAAUUAAUUGCAUCGGCUUGUAGGUCUAAUACUCUACAACAUUCAGUCAUCAGAAUAUUUGAAACUAAGACAUGGUUAGAAAUGAAAUCACCUUUGGCAUUCCACAAUUUAACUAUUACGAGAUUAAGGUUUUCAGAUGAUGGUAAAUAUUUAUUGGCUGUGUGCAGAGAUAGAAAAUGGAGUAUCUGGGAAAGAAAUUUUGAAGAUAACACAUUUGUUUUAUUACAAGGUGAUGAGAAACCACAUACCAAAAUUAUUUGGGAUGGUGAUUGGGCUCCUAAGGAAUAUGGUAAUGUUUUUUUUACUGCCUCUAGAGACAGAAGUAUUAAAUCAUGGGCAUUUGAUGGUAAGAAGAAGGAAUAUAUUCAACAAGAUGUAAUUAAGCAUACGAGGCCAGUAACUGCGUUAUCUGUUCAUGAUGCUGUUAUUGAUGGUAAAAUAUUUGUUGCUGCAGGUUUAGAAAAUGGUGAAAUUUUGAUUUACAAAUAUGGUUCCGGAGGAUUCAAAUUAUUAGUGAACUUAGACGAUAAAAUAACGCCUGCUGAUAAAAUCACAAGAUUAAGGUGGAAAACCAACAAUACUGGAGGCGAUAACCAACUUUUCUUAGCCUCGGCUAGUAGUGAUAAUUCUACUCGUAUAUACUCUGUUACAUAUUAA